CCUUUAGCAAUUGACGUCAUUUCAGGCUGUUCGUUUUGUUGUGGACAGCAGUAGCAGCAGUAACGGUAUGGAGAACAAGGUUGAAAUGGAUAGUCUGGAAAUGCGGAUUCAGGAGUUGGAGAGUUCUAUUUACGGUGAACGGCGGAAUAAAGGUGGAAAAGUCGUAAAGUGCACGGAGUCUCUGUCGAGGAUCCAAGCAGCUCUGGCAAACACUGCCAACAAGAGAGAGCGCGUGAAGAUCUUGCACAAGAAGAUUGAGGACCUGUUGAAAUACCUGGACCCUCAGUUCACGGACCACAUCACGGUGCCAGAUGCCAUGAAGCUGGAGUUCAUCCUAGCAGAGGAGGACUUCCUGCUCUCACAGGCUGCUCUACUAGAGCAGGUCAGCAGCCUACAGCCCCUGCUGGACAGCAACUACAUCCGGGAUGUACCAGAGCAUGCCACCAAACUACAGCGGCUGUCACAGCUUCAUAUCAAACAACAGGACCAGACUGAUGCUCAAUCCCUUGAGGUAAAGAGGCUCUUUGAGGAGUACAACAAAAUGAUGUUCCUGUUGUCCAAGCAGUUCACCCAAUGGGAUGAGACCCUGAGGCAGCUUGAAGAAUCCAAGGGGAUCCGGCCUGUGGAGUAGAGGAUGAACAAGUUCUUAAGAGGACGCUUGUUGUGAUGACUGUGGUUAUGGGGACCACAGUUAAAACAAGUGUCUUGGACUGCUUGUUCACUGUUCAUGUAUCUGAGACGAUUCCUGAAUCCCCAUUUCCAUGCAGACAUGUUUUAUUAUGUUAUAAUUUAAGCAAAAGGAAAAUACAUUUAGAUUCAGGCACUUUCCUGUUCCUAGGUCGUCAAAGGAUUAUUUUUAUUCUUUAGAUAGAUCACUGAAAUGUUUAAUGGUAUGAUAUAUGGAAAUCAUCUAAACCAAGGAGACUAGUGGAACUGAGUAUUUUGGUUAGUAAUAUUCCCCAAUUGAAAGCCAUUUGACAUGCUAAAUGUGUUUUUAUAUUUAUUAACAGCAUUGCUGUAGGCUAUAAAAGCUUUCUGUUAAGACAGUCACAAGACCUCAUUUCUUUCCCUCUUAACUCCACUGUGCUUCUCUGCAUAUUCCUAAUUCUGUUCCUUCCAAAUUCUAAAUCUGUGGAUCACACUACAGAAGAGACAAUACAUAUGAUUUGUUUAUUUUAUUUCAACUAUUUGGAGAAUAAAUGUACCCUAAGCCCUCA